ACUCAUCUUUGUCCUUCGGACCUCCACUCUCGUUACAAAUUUGCGUGAUACACAUCAAACACUCAUUAUGCUUCAAGUUUCCUUCGCGCAGUUUGCUGCGCUUCUCGCGAUUGCACCCAGUCUCAUUGCAGCCGUGCCAACUCUAGCCGCCCCAUCAACCACCACUACAACCACAGCGACGCCUUCGGCGCUUUCCUGUCCUGCUUCAGAUGGCCAGACCAUCACCGUUGGCACUGAUUCUUUCGAAAUUCAAUGCGGCGUUGACUAUUACGGGGGCGAUUUGAGCUUAUCUUGGGAAACCAGCCUCGAGAACUGCAUCGCUACUUGCGAGAGCACGACAGGAUGUAUCAUUGUUUCCUACAAUGGCGCCGCCUGCUACAUGAAGAACCAGGACGACGGCCCUCAGACAAACGCCAACAUCUGGGCCGCGAAAAAGGUCGGGGCCGUGGCCUGCCCGGCGGCUGACGGGUCGACCUAUACUGCGAGGGAUGGAGCCGUUUACAAAAUUGAAUGCUCGGCGGAUCGGUAUGGAUCGGAUUUGGACAUCGCCUGGGUGUCUGACCUCCCAAGCUGCCUCGAGGCCUGUGAAGCAACUGCAGGUUGUGUCGAUGUUUCGUACCGUUUUGGAACCCCCGGUCCAUGCUACAUGAAGUACAGCUACACGCAGGAUGUACGAACCGAUUCCGGAAUUUGGGGAGCCUACCGCGUUAGCGCACCCUCUUCAAGCACCACCACGUCAAGCGCAGCAGCCACUAGCUCGACAUCGUCCGCGGCAGCCACUAGCUCGACAUCGUCCGCGGCAGCCACCAGCUCGACGUCGUCCGCUGCUGCAAGCUCAACCACGUCUAGCACAUCUUCAGCUACCCCUACUCCAACAGCAAUUGGCUGUGGACUGAUUAACGACCCGAGUUUCGAAAACCCGGGUGCUACCACUCCCGAUUGGUCUACAAUCAGCACCUUGCACACCGGUGGUGCACAGGCUCCCUACGUCGCCUUGUCCUUAGCGGAAGGCACAUCUGGGUCAAAGGACGGCACGCAUGUCGCAUACAUAGCCACCUACGGAACUGGAGACAGCGCUACCAUCGGCAACACUAUUCUGCGACUCACAGCGGGCGUUACCUACAGCGUGUCGUUUUGGCAGAGAAGGAAUUCGAACGGCAAAGUCGUAAUCUCAAUCGACGGCACCGCCGUUUUGACUACGCCUGCUGUUCCGGAUACUGCGUGGUAUCAAAAUACCUUCACUUUCACGGCGACGAGCGAUACUGCCGCGCUCACCAUUACCGCGGCAAGCGUAGUAAGCUCGAACGGGUUUAUGUGGGAUGCAUUUACGAUUGCUCCCGUGGGCGUUGUCUGCACUCCAGCGACUACCACGACCACUGUACCUGCUUGAUUUCAAGUAGUACGUGUUUGAGUAUACCCUGGGAAGAUGCUUCGUCUUGAUGUACCGCUCAUUCAGAGCUUCUACUUCUAAUGUAAUGCCAUCAACGGCCUGCU